AUGGCAUCCACUUUCUUCAACAACAAGGCCCGUGCCGCGGCGGCUGCUGCUUCUAGCAGCUCCAAGACCAAAGCAACCGACAGCAAGGAAGAUACCACCCGUCUACAGCCAUGGGUUGAAAAAUAUCGUCCCAAGACGCUCGACGAUGUCGCUGCACAAGACCACACCACCAAAGUGCUCCAACGCACAUUGCAUGCUUCCAACCUCCCUCACAUGCUCUUCUACGGACCCCCAGGAACAGGCAAAACCUCCACCAUCCUCGCCCUCGCCAAAUCCCUCUUCGGCCCCGCCCUCUACCGCUCCCGCAUCCUCGAACUAAACGCCUCCGACGAGCGAGGCAUCGGCAUCGUCCGCGAAAAAGUGAAAAACUUCGCCCGCGCACAACUCUCCCAACCAACAGGCCUCGACGCCGCCUACCGCGCCCAAUACCCCUGUCCACCCUUCAAGAUCAUCAUCCUCGACGAGGCAGACAGUAUGACCCAGGACGCGCAGGCCGCGCUGCGCCGCACGAUGGAGCAAUACUCCCGCAUCACGCGUUUCUGUCUGGUGUGUAACUAUGUCACGCGCAUUAUCGAGCCGCUGGCGAGUCGAUGCAGUAAAUUCCGCUUUAAGAGCUUGGAUAAUGCUGCGGCGGGUGAUCGGGUUGCGGAGAUUGCGCGGGCGGAGAAUUUGACGCUUGACGAUGGUGUUAUAGAGACACUUAUUCGGUGUGGUGAGGGUGACUUGCGUCGUGCUAUUACGUAUCUGCAGAGUGCGGCGCGGUUGGUGGGUGCUACGCGUGUGGGUGGGAAGGAUGCUGAUGACGAUGCGGAGAUGGUGGAUGCGGAGAGCUCGGGACCCGGAACUAUUACUGUUUGGACCAUUGAGGAGAUUGCGGGUGUUAUUCCGGAGAGUAUUCUGGAUAAUUUGGUGCAGGCUAUGCAGCCGAAGGCUUCGGGCUCGGCGUAUGAGGCUGUUUCGAAGGUCGUGACGGAUCUUGUUGCGGAUGGGUGGAGUGCCACGCAACUUGUUAGCCAGUUGUACCGACGGGUCGUGUUUAACGAGGCGAUCCCCGAUAUCCAGAAGAACAAGAUCGUUAUGGUCUUCUCCGAGUUGGAUAGGCGACUGGUCGAUGGUGCAGAUGAGCAUUUGUCUGUGCUGGAUCUGGCUCUGCGCAUUGCUAAUAUCUUGCGGGGCUGA